AUGUCUUUGAACGAUGAACUCAUCAUAAUCCUUGAACUCGAAUCAAAGGCGGUACUGGGUGACGAAGCCAUCAACCCAUUCAAUUGGAAGCGGAGACCGUCACCAGAUCAAGUACCUCACGAACUGGAUGAGGAAACGGAGAUGCUCCUUACGCUGGAAAUCAACGCGUUAGCCGCUAGCCUCACACCUUCACAAGAAAGUUACCAACUGAGAUCGCUUUUCAUCGAAAAGCUUCAGCGGAUUUUAGAUUUAGAGUGGCCGGGGAAGGAAAUCAAAGCUCAUGUAUUCGGGUCUACUGUCAAUGGCUUGGGAACCCGGACAAGUGAUGUCGAUGUAUGUUUGACAACACCAUGGGAUGACCGGAUAAACGGCAUAUCAAAUAUGCAUAUCCUAGCCACAGGAUUGAGGAAGCACGGCAUGGUUAGUAUAUAUACGGUGGCAGCUGCCAAGGUUCCCAUAUGCAAGUUCUAUGAUCCCGAAUUCCAUGUCAACUGCGAUAUCAAUGUGAAUAAUGCGAUCGCGCUUAGAAACACCAAGCUUAUCAAGACAUAUGUCGAUCUUGAUCCUCGAGUGCGGCCGCUGAUGCUCGUCGUCAAGUACUGGACACGGCAAAGAGUAUUGAAUGAUGCUGCGAAAGGAGGAACUUUGAGCAGUUAUUGCUGGGCAAUGAUGGUGCUCAACUUCCUUCAGAUUCGGGAACCUCCGAUUCUGCCAUGUUUGCAUGAAAUGUACUUUGCGAAAUUGAAAGCCGACGCAACAAAAGUCAAUCCAGUCAUUGUCAAUGGGGUCGAUUGCUCCUUCCACGAAGAUGUGGGUUCUCUGAAGGGCUUUGGCGAAAAGAACGCAGAGACGCUCGGAACGCUAUUACAUGCGUUCUUUCGGCGGUACGCUUUCGAGUUCGAAUAUGACACCUACGUCAUAUCAGUGCGGCAUGGGCGAUACGUACCGAAGGUAGACAAAGGCUGGGAUGUGGACAUUGAGCGAAACCGCCGCUUUCUGUGCGUCGAAGAGCCAUUCAACCCACAGCGGAACCUGGGCAACUCGGCAGAUGCAUUCUCCGUCGCGGGACUGAGAAAAGAGUUCGAACGAGCUCUGCCGAUCUUGGAGAGCGGAGGGACUUUCGCGAGGGUGUGCGAACCGUACAUUCCGCCAUCCCAUCGAGUGAUCAGCAGUCAGCCUCCCAUGUUGGCCAAUGGGAACGGGACGUAUUUGCCUGAAACCAAUGGCAAACUGCGUGGCGGCGAUGUCUACACCAACUGGCAUGAGGCGUAUAGGUUACAGCUUCAACAAACUUACCAUCACAAGUCGAAUGGAUCUGUGGGCGGGAGCUUCUUCCCGCGCAACAACAACCCUACUCCAUACAAGCUGAAUGGAGCUUCAAACGACCGCAGAUCGGGAUACACCAACGGACAGAACAACGAUCGGCAUUGGUUGGCCGGGCUCAACCUCAUGCGGAAUCCGGUGCCUUACUCGUCGGAUGAUCGUCCUCCUCGAGACGAUUUCCAUCGAAUACAGUCGCUGUCACUAGAAAGUCGGCAGCUGGACAACCACAACAAGCGCGGAAAUUACAGUUCGUUGAUUUCCGAUCGUCGGUUGAUGGACUCCGAGAAAUCGAAGAGAAAUGGGCCGUCUUCCUGGAGUACGACACCACCUUUGCGUAGACAGAACGGCACACAUGCCGGCCAGCCGCCGGGGAAAAGCCCGGUUGAGCCAGAGAAGGAAAAGAACAACAAGAUUGUCGAAACAGACUCUGACGAGGCUGACGGCGACGCGCCUGCGCGAAGCCCCAUCACCGUCAUCAUUGAGAAACAAUCAGAAGAUAAGAACACGGUCGAAACGACAGUAGCAGAGAUUCGCAGCGGCGGGCGGCGGCGAACUCUCUCCUGCAGUCGAUCAGAGAUCCACUCUGAACGAUCUAAUCGGGGUGGAUUAAGCCCUGACCGGCGGCGAAUGUCGCCAUCGCCGAGUGAUGGAGACGCUGGCAAACGGCAUAGGAGGCGGACGUCUACGCCAAUGGCGCAGAAUACCACUGACAGCUCGUUCGAGGCACGACCGGCAUCCGUGGAAGCGAAGCCAAUAUCUACGCCUCCUCGACGGCGGACAAACAGUCGAACAGACAACAUACAGACCGAUAGGACCGAUAGCCACAAGCGGGUGGCGAAAUCUAUCGAUUCAGGGUCACGGUCACCCGACCGGUUAAACAAUUCGAUUCACAGCCAGAAGGGUACCACUGUUAGCGAUUCUGUCGAAGUCAAUGCCCCUGCUCCGGCGCCCCCAUCGAAGCCGCCGCAAAGCAACGGCAUCAUGCCUGAGCGGGAACGAUAUGCCAAGCGAGCAAUGCACUCGGAGGCAGCCGCGUCGCCAACAGGCGAAUCGUCUGCCAACGGGAAGAACGAUACAGGCGAUUCCGCUCCCGGCGCCAAACGGAGGGGAAGCAAAGGCACUCUGCUUUGGGCCAAUCACUCGCAUCGGAACGAUGGCCGAUCUGCGCCAAGUAAUCCGCGACGGCAAAGCCAAGGUGGUGGAAAUUCCGAGCCAUCGACUCCGAGAGCAGAGGAUGAUUCGGCGAUCGCGGAUUCACGGCGGGGGAGAGCCGCGUCUUCGGGUGGAAAGUGGGCCCGGCCGCGCUCGCUAUCGGCAUCAGAUACCCCCAGAAUGAAUUGGCCAGGCGUCCGGUCUGCACCGAGUCCGGAACGAAUACAAAUACGGGACUCGUACAAUCAAGUCGCGGCUAGGGCCCGGGAUAAGGAUGCCAGUUGGAAGGAGAUACCAACGACUCCGUCCACCGUGAGCACGCCUUUGAAUGGGUAUCAUCAAUCACAUAUGCAACACGACUCUUCAGCAUUCCACGGAACAAAAGGACUGCAGCGGAUACCGCGGUCCGACUCCAUCGAACAUUUCCCGAAUGAGAAAAAAGUCAACGGAGUCGCGACGCCGCCUUCGUUGGUGGGAACAUCGAUCGCGCUGGCUGCUACGCACACGUCCAAGGACAAUGAGCUGGUAAAGCGGCAUGUGGCUUCAGACACCCCUCCCUCCUCCCACUGCAAAGGACCGAAUGGGGUGUAUAGCAAAGCCGGGAUCAUCGGAGACGCCGCUGAACAGCCAUCCGCAGGCCGGCAAAAGGGGAACGGCAUCCACCAUGGCGCCCAUCACCAGACCGGCAGUCAUCGUCAUGCGCUCUCUCAGCAGCAGCAGCAGCAGCCAAGCCGGAAAUCCGAUGCAUAA